AUGAAAAUCUUGAAAAUAUUUUUUGUUAUUUUUGCUAUACUUGCUUGUUUUUCAUGGCCUAGUAUGCAGAGUGAUUUGGAGACGUACAUAGUUCACGUCGAAUCUCCAGAAAGCCAAAUUUCCACUGAAUCGUCAAGAAUGGAUUUGGAGAGCUGGUACAAGUCAUUCAUACCAAAGACCAUAGCAACCGCUGGCUCAAAUGAAAAGCCACGGUUGAUAUACUCGUAUCAUAAUGUGAUCAUAGGCUUUGCUGCAAGAUUGUCAGCCAAGCAAGUGAAGGAAAUGGAGAAGAAACCAGGCUUUAUAUCUGCGUGGCCUCAGAAUAGAUUGUCCUUGCACACUACCCUUACUCCGAGUUUUCUUGGAUUGCAACAGAACGUUGGCUUGUGGAGGGAUGCCAACUAUGGAAAAGGUGUGAUCAUUGGAGUCUUGGACACCGGGAUUACUCCUGACCAUCCUUCAUUUAAUGACGAAGGAAUGCCUCCUCCACCUGCUAAAUGGAAGGGCAAGUGUGAAUCGAAUUUCACUACAAAGUGUAACAACAAGCUCAUUGGCGCGAGGAAUUUCCCAAUAACAAGUGAUUCACCAAUAGAUAAUCAGGGACAUGGCACACACACCUCCAGCACAGCUGCAGGAAGUUUUGUGAAAGGUGCCAAUGUGUAUGGGAACGCUAAAGGCACUGGGGCUGGGAUUGCCCCUCUAGCUCACCUGGCCAUUUAUAAGGUCUGUGAUUUGGAAUGCUUCGAAAGUGACAUUUUAGCUGCCAUGGAUGCAGCUAUUGAUGAUGGAGUAGAUAUCCUGUCCCUUUCCUUGGGUGGAGGUAGCAUGUCAUUCUAUAAAGAUGUGAUUGCACUCGGGGCGUACAGUGCAGGGAAAAGAGGUGUCCUUGUAAGUUGCUCUGCGGGAAAUGGUGGUCCAUCUGAUAGCACCUUAUCAAACGAAGCUCCGUGGAUUCUGACAGUAGGUGCAAGCACUAUUGACAGGAAACUCAAGGCCACCGUUACCCUCGGAAACAAAAAAGCAUUCGAGGGCGAAUCAGCAUUUCAUCCUAAGGUUCCCAUUUCGGCAUUUUCCCCUUUGAUUGAUCCUUCACUGAGUGCAAUCAACUUUCAUAACCCUUUCUGCGACACAGGUACUCUGAAUGACCCUGAACUUAAAGGCAAAAUUGUUAUGUGCAUGUUAGGGGGUAAUAAUUCCUUUAUUGAAAAGGGACAAGCUGUAAAGGAUGCCGGAGGUGUUGGCAUGAUUAUUUAUAGUAUCCCUGAGUAUGGUUUCACAACGUUUGCCGAUGCUCACGUCCUUCCAGCUCUGUUUAUUACAUACAAAUACGGAAUGGAAAUUCUUCACUACAUGAAUAAAACAGAUAAACCAACUGCAAGACUUUCAUUCCAAGGAACAAUAAUCGGAGAUAAAGAUGCUCCGGUGGUUGCUGCAUUUUCUUCUCGCGGACCAAGCUUUGCUAGUCCUGGAAUCUUGAAGCCUGAUAUUAUUGGUCCCGGUCUUAACAUUCUUGCUGGUUGGCCUACCUCCGUUGACUACAACAAACACACAAAAUCUACCUUCAAUAUUUUAUCGGGUACCUCCAUGUCUUGUCCUCACCUCAGCGGAGUAGCAGCAUUGCUGAAAAGCACACACCCGACUUGGUCCCCUGCAGCUAUAAAAUCAGCAAUCAUGACAACAGCUAACACAGUGAACCUCGACAAUAAUCCCAUCUUAGAUGAAAGGCUCCUUCCGGCUAACACCUUCGCCAUUGGAGCAGGACAUGUCAAUCCAUCGAGAGCUAAUGAUCCAGGACUAAUCUACGACACUCAAUUUAAAGACUACCUGCCAUAUCUGUGUGGUUUGAAUUACACAAAUCAACAGGUGGGAAUCAUCCUGCAACACAAAGUAGAUUGUAAGGAAGUGAAACACAUUCCUGAAGCUCAACUAAACUAUCCUUCAUUCUCCAUCAAACUCGGGGAGAAUUCUCAGACAUAUACGAGAACAGUGACUAAUAUCGGGAAAGCUAAAUCGUCUUACAGUGUGGAAAUAGUUUCUCCUCCCGGAGUUUCUGUGAUUGUUAAGCCCUCUACUUUGAAGUUCUCAAAGUUGAACCAGAAGUUAAAAUACCAAGUGACAUUUACGAGAAGAGAUAAUAGCACAAACAGUGUCAUUGCUCAAGGAUUCUUGAAAUGGAGUAAUAAGAAGUACUCUGUAAGAAGCCCAAUAGCAGUUGUGCUACAGCCUACACUUGGUUUCUAG